AUGGGCAGCACCAACCAGCUUACCGCCCUCGAGGCCUUCCUCCAGGGCUGCCCCACCAUCAAAUACAUUCCACCUUCCUCUCCCGAGUACGCUGCUGCUCGUAAACCCUGGAAUGGUGCCCGUUUAGACAACCCACUGGCUGUAGUUCAGCCGCAAUCGCCGUCUGAUGUUGCCGCUCUGGUUAAACAUGCCAAGCUAAACUCUCUUCCCUUCACCAUUCGAUCGGGUGGCCAUAACCUGGAGGGCCGCUGCGUUGCUCAAGAUGCGCUACUGAUUGACAUGCGCGCUCUGACUGGAGUGACGAUCGCGUCUGACCGCAAAUCUGCCACGGUCCAGGGCGGUAUUCUCCAGGAUGAGGUCGCCAACAAGCUCUGGGAACAUGGUCUAGCUACUCCAACUGGAGCAAUUCCAACAGUUGGCUACGUGGGUUGGUCCACGUACGGCGGAUACGGGCCCUUUUCAUCACACUGGGGUCUCGGAGUGGACCAAAUCCUCGGCGCGACCGUUGUCAAUCCCAACGGUGAUAUCGUCAAAGCCGAUGAGGCUCUUCUAGAGGGUAUCCGUGGCGCUGGCGGUGUCUUUGGAGUAAUCAUAGAUCUUACAAUCAAAGUCUAUCCCCUCACCAGUCUUCUGGCUGGGCCGAUAUUGUUCAACCCAACUGAUAUCGUGAAGACUUGCGUGGAAUUUAAUGCGGCCUACGAGAAGCUUCUUGACUCUGAAGGUAUACCCCCGCAGCUCACCAUCCAACAGAUCUGUUUCAAUGGGCCCACCGGACGCGCUUUUGGCGCCUUGUUCUUGUGGAGCGGCACCGAUAUCGAGGAAGGAAAGCGAUGGAGUGAAAAGAUCGCUGGCCUUGGCCCUCUUCUGGUGAACCUGGUCGCACCUACCACAAUUCCAGAAUGGUUUGCCGCCAAUGGCGCUAUUGUUCCCUCAAACAUUGCCGGCUCUGGCUUCUCGCACAAUGCCCGCCGUAUCACCUCGCCCCUGGCCGAGGCAAUUGGACGCAAUCUUGUCCAGAUGCCAUCUGACCGUGGUGCCAUGUUGUCUAUACAUCAGCUCCGUGGGCCAUCUGCAGGACCUCAGAAUCACGCGUCAGUCUUUGCAACCCGUGAGCCGCAUUACAUGCUCGAGCUCUUGGGAUAUGUUACAAGUGGCGAUCAAGAAGUGUCACGCCAAUGGGCAUUCUCCACUGCUGAAGAAAUCAAGCGGGCCGACCCGGAGAUUUUGCUUCCAACGGCUUAUGUCUCCGUGUAUAACUCUGCAAUUCAGGCUAAGUCAGCGACUGAGGCGCUUGAUAAGACGUAUGGUCCUAAAGCAGCAGUGUUGAAAGACCUUAAGGCAAAGUUUGACCCGGAGGGUGUCUUUUCCCUGACGGUGCCAGCUUUGAAAUAA